UACACUGCCGCCGAUCAAUCCCCACUGCCCGCUCGCCAUGCGCCUCCCGUCCGUCCGCUUCCUGCCGUCGAGCACGGCACCCGCCGUGGCAGCCGCGAACGCGCGCAUCGCCUGGCUGGCGCGCGCGGGGAACAUGGAGGGCGCGCGCGCAGCCUUCGAGGCCAUGCCCCUGCGCACCACCGCCUCCUACAACGCCCUCAUCGCCGGCUACUUCCGCAACCACCUCCCGGACGCCGCGCUCGGCCUCUUCCGCGCCAUGCCCUCCCGCGACCUCGGCUCCUACAACGCGCUCAUCUCCGGCUUCUCCCUCCGCCGCCACACCCUCCCCGACGCCGCGGCCGCGCUCGCCUCCAUCCCCGUACCCCCCUCCGUCGUCUCCUUCACCUCCCUCCUGCGUGGGUACGUGCGCCACGGCUUCCUCCACGACGCCACCCGCCUCUUCCACCAGAUGCCCGAGCGCAACCACAUCUCCUACACGGUUAUGCUCGGCGGCUUCCUCGACGCCGGCCGCGUUGACGAGGCCCGCAGGCUGUUCGACGAAAUGCCGGACAAGGACGUGGUCGCACAGACGGCCAUGCUCUCCGGGUACUGCCAGGCUGGCCGGACCGCCGAGGCACGCGUUCUGUUUGAUGAAAUGCCCAAGAGGAACGUUGUAUCGUGGACUGCCAUGAUAUCUGGAUACGCUCAGAACGGGAAGGUCAACCUUGCGCGGAAGCUUUUCGAGGUGAUGCCGGAUCGCAACGAGGUGUCGUGGACCGCGAUGCUGUUCGGGUACAUACAGGCUGGCCAGGUCGAGGACGCCGAGGAUCUGUUCAAUGCAAUGCCGGAGCGCCGCCCAGUGGCUGCCUGCAACGCGAUGAUGGUCGGGUUUGGCCAGCGCGGGAAGGUGGAUGCUGCCAGGGCAGUGUUUGAGAGGAUGCGAGAGAGGGAUGGUGGCACGUGGAGUGCGAUGAUUAAAGCGUAUGAGCAGAACGAGUUCUUGGUGGAGGCGCUCUCUACCUUCCGUGACAUGUCCUGGAGAGGUAUCCGUCCAAACUACCCUUCGGUCAUUAGCAUCCUUACCGUGUGUUCGGCACUAGCUAUUCUCAACUCUGGAAGAGAGUUGCAUGCUGCAAUGCUGAGAUGCUCCUUUGACAUGGAUGUCUUUGCUGUGUCAGCAUUGAUCACGAUGUACAUCAAAUGUGGAAAUUUGGAUAAGGCCAAUAGGGUGUUCAGUAUGUUUGAGCCCAAAGAUGUUGUGAUGUGGAACUCGAUGAUCACUGGUUAUGCUCAACACGGGUUGGGGGAGCAAGCACUCGGAGUAUUUAAUGACAUGCAAUUUGCGGGAAUGGCACCUGAUUCAAUUACUUAUAUAGGGGUCCUCACUGCUUGUAGCUAUACCGGGAAAGUUGAAGAGGGUAGGGAAUUUUUUAAUUCUUUGUGUAGGAAUUCUGCCAUCCGACCAGGAGCCGAGCAUUAUUCUUGCAUGGUUGAUUUGCUUGGUCGAGCUGGACUUGUAGAUGAAGCAUUGGAUUUGAUUAACAACAUGACAUCUGAACCGGAUGCUAUCAUCUGGGGAGCUCUGAUGGGAGCCUGUAGGAUGCACAAGAAUGCUGAGAUUGCCGAACUUGCUGCUAGGAAGCUGUUGGAGCUAGAACCUGAGAGUGCUGGACCAUAUGUUUUGCUCUCUCACAUUUAUACAUCCACUGGGAGGUGGGAAGAUGCUUCCAAGUUGCGGAAGUUCAUUAGCUCAAGGAAUUUAAACAAGUCACCAGGCUGUAGUUGGAUAGAGUACGACAAGAGGGUGCAUCUCUUCACAUCUGGUGAUGUAUUAACACACCCAGAGCAUGCUAUUAUCACUAAGAUGUUGGAGAAGCUAGAUGGUCUAUUGAUGGAAUCUGGUUACUCAGCUGACGGAAGCUUUGUGCUGCAUGAUAUUGAUGAGGAGCAAAAAGUUCAUAGCUUGAGAUAUCAUAGUGAGAGGCAGGCUGUAGCAUAUGGACUUUUAAAAGUCCCAGAAGGAAUGCCCAUUCGUGUCAUGAAGAACCUUAGAGUGUGUGGUGACUGCCAUGCUGCAAUGAAGCUGAUUGCAAAGAUAACUUCCCGGGAAAUCAUACUCAGAGAUGCUAAUAGGUUCCAUCAUUUCAAAGAUGGAUUGUGUUCAUGCAGGGACUAUUGGUGAGGUGAAUGGCUAGGUCAAUUCCUUCCUCUACAUCAUCUCAUCCUUCUAUCUGGGAACAUAUUCAUAAUCUGGGGUUUCAUCUGAACAUGAUUUCAUCAUCUAUUACAAGCAAACUGCACAUGAUGGACUUGUUCCCUUGAGGUGCUGCAUCAAGACGGUUCUUAUCCACUCAACUCUGCCUGUAAGCUCAUCUCCAAAGCUGCAAGUAGGAUGGCAGGAGAGAGAGUCUGGAGAUGUGGGUGAGAGAUCCUACGAGAAGAGGUGGUGAUGAUGGUAC